GGACCCGAGGCGACGGUCGUGCCGGGGUUCCUCGCUUCGUCCUUCCGGGAAUUUUCCCCAAUAAAAGUUUCUUUUGCCUGUUAUUCGUGUGCUGCGCUUGGGUGGAAAUAGUGCUAGCCGCUUAUAUGACUGCUGGCUCUGUGUUAACACGCAGUUUCUACCUCUUAAUGUAACGGCAUCACGCAGAUGGAUGCGGUGUAUGGCUUCAGGGCAGCGAGUUGUGCAGGUCACGCAUAAAACUCUUGUGUAAACGUUUUGGCUUUUGCUGGCAUUGUAGUAGUGCUGCUUAGGAUCUUCAGCAUCAGCUGGGAUCUUCGCUCUAAAGAGGAUGACUCUACUCCAGAAUUUCUUUUUGAAUGGAAGCAUGCUCUUUUCCAGUAGAAGAUGUUGAUCCUAAUGUAUGAUCAUGGAGAAGGGGAUAAGCUCCGUAGAAGUGUUACCUUCCAAAUCAUCUCAGGUUACAGCUGUAAAAGUGGUGGUCAAAGAGCCCGAAACAAAGCAGACCCAAAGAGGGAAACGAGUGGGAUUUGUGCUUGUUCAUGCAGGUGCAGGUUAUCAUUCUGAAUCCAAAGCUAAAGAAUACAAGCAUGUGUGCAAAAGAGCCUGCCAGAAGGCUAUCGAAAAGCUACAGGCUGGUGCUCUUGCAACAGAUGCAGUGACUGCAGCACUUAUAGAACUGGAGGAUUCUCCUUUUACAAAUGCAGGAAUGGGUUCUAACUUAAACCUUCUGGGUGAGAUAGAAUGUGAUGCCAGCAUAAUGGAUGGGAAGUCAUUGAAUUUUGGAGCAGUUGGCGCACUGAGCGGAAUCAAGAAUCCAGUUUCAGUUGCAAAUAGAUUGUUGUGUGAAGGGCAGAAAGGAAAACUCUCUGCUGGCAGAAUUCCACCUUGGAAAACUUGCCUGUCUUCAACACUGUGUUGUGUCCUUUUCCUCUUCUCAAGCUUGGAAUAUGCUGUUGGAGAAGGGUUUAGUUUAGCAGCUUUUAAGAGGAACAAGAGGAAACUGGAGUUGGCUGAAAGGGUAGAAACUGAUCUUAUUCAACUAAAGAAGAGAAGACAAUCAAAUGAAAAGGGCUCCAGAGUCAUGUGCAGAACGUGUGGGAGACCCUCAAAGGCCAAUGAUGGUAGUAGAGGAGGUGAUCAAAUAGAGCUCUACUCAUUGGAGAAUGACUCAGGAACAUUGGAUACAGUCGGUGCAGUUGUUGUUGACCAAGAAGGAAAUGUUGCUGCUGCUGUCUCCAGUGGAGGUUUAGCACUAAAGCAUCCUGGAAGAGUUGGUCAGGCAGCUCUUUAUGGGUGUGGCUGCUGGGCUGAAAAUACAGGAGCUCAUACACCUUACUCCACUGCUGUGAGUACUUCAGGUUGUGGAGAGCACCUUGUCCGAACCAUACUGGCCAGAGAAUGUUCUUGUGCUUUGCAAACAGAGGAUGCCCACCAAGCUCUCCUAGAGACUAUGCAAAACAAGUUUAUUGGUUCACCUUUCCUUGCCAGUGAAGAUGGUGUUCUUGGAGGUGUGAUAGUUCUUCGGUCUUGCAGGUGUUCAGCAGAACCUGAAUUAUCACAGGAGAAGCCAACUUUACUAGUGGAAUUUCUGUGGAGCCAUACAACAGAGAGCAUGUGUGUAGGAUACAUGUCUGCACAGGAUGGCAAAGCUAAGAAAUGGUGUAACUGCUGGCUGGAGCAUUGGGAACAGAUGUCUGACUUGAGGAGUGAAAGACUCACAUUUCAAGACUUCCUCCUGGAGCGGUGGCAGGACAGUCCGUAGCAAUAGAAGGAGGAGUUUGCCGACUGGAGAGCCCAGAAAGCUGAACAGCUGAUUCCUCGCUUCAUUGCAAAGAAUGUGAAUGACGUUUUCUACAAUAAGUUUUUUUUGUGUGUCUUAACAAAUGUUGGAAAUUCUACCCUUGCUUUAUACACCAUAUUGCCACCAUGUGCUCCAUAACUUGAGACAAGUGCUGCUGUAGUUUAUGUUCUCACUCUGUGAAUGGGAGUGUGUGCAUGUUCAUUUUUUCCCUGAUAAAAUAGGACCUCUUCCCAGUUGUACAAAGAUUAUAUAUGAUUAGCGAUUACGUUCUCAUUGUUUUAUGUUUGAGAAAUAUCUGAAAGUUAAAACGAAAUAAUAAUUUAAAUAUGUGGUCACAAUUGUCAUUCAUGUUCUAAAUUUAAAAGGAACAGGCCUUUGAAGUGGAUGUAUAAGUAUGCAAAAACAAUUAUGGUUUCCAAGUUUCUCAGUGGUUUAAGGAAAUCCAGUGGUGGUUUAAAUAUGGAUUGCUUUUUUUCCUCCCCAAUAAGGAGGAAUUUUUUUUGUCAAAGAAUGGUUUCAGUGAAACAAACUAGAGCAAAAUUAAGGCUAGAAUUGUUCUAAAUAAUCUUAUAAGUCAUAUCUCUGUUUCCAAACUAAGAUGUUAAUAGCUUCAAGCUGUAUCUAUUACAAAAUGCUAUAUGAAGAUAAUGUAUCGUAAUAAUGCAGUCUUUAUGUAUAAUGGAAUAUUACAGUGUAAAUAAGAAAACAAAGUUUAUGGAAAGAUUCAAUAUUAUUCUUUGCUUCUGUUUUAAAUCUAUUUUUAAGAGAGGUACAGAAAUGAGCAUAUUACUGGAUGCAAAGUGCAAUGUGUAUUGAAUGGAUGCUGGGAAUUCUGAUAGAAGCUUUCUUACAGAUAAAGCAACUUCCUAAAGUCCAGCCACAGCAUGGGUAUUUAUAUAACUGUGUGUAAUAUAUAUGUACUGUGCAUAAAUUUACUGUAAUUUUUUACACCUUCAACAAAACUGCAGUAUGAAACAGUGUAAAACUUGUCUGCCUUGUGAAGCGUUGGCAGCUGAACUGUCUUUUGUCACCAGUUCUGAUAUGUUAGCCAGAUCGCCCGUGUCCUAAAAGUGACUUCUCACAUACAAUCUUCCACUCAGUACUUCUUUCUUUACAGCACUGGCAGCAAUAGAAGACUUUUGUAAUUAAUUCAUUGUCAUGAUAAGUAUGCCAAAGAAAAAUUAAAUUAGUUCAUCUUUUUCCCUGGUGGAUAUUUGAUAAUUCUGUUUUCAGAAAUAGUGGAUGAAUAGGUAUUCAGACUGUAUUUGCUUAAUUGGGCAUUGUACUAUCCUCUUUUGUAAUGUUGUGCCUGCCUAUAACAGACCUACUCGACUGCUGAUUAAAUGGUUGCAUUGAUUGUAGUACCAAUGUUUCAUGGAUAAAAAUCUUAAUACAUUAUUUUAGUAGCCUGAAUUCAUUUUCACUCUUAUGUUAAAUAAUACACUGAGAUAUGUUCUUA